AGCGAUUCUUCCGAAGAACGUAGCCUAAACUUUAGAAAUAUGAGCAUAACAGAUUUGGAAGAAAAAAUAAACAAUUAUCAACGAAAAAUUAUAAAAAAAAGGAAACAAUUGGGAAAACUUGAAAAAUUGGUAAGCCUCUACCGGGGAAAAUGCAAAGACAAAGACGAUUUGAUUAGUUUCAACGACAAAACCAUAAAACUUUUGAAAAAUAAAAUAGCAAUGCUCCAAACUACGUUAGAUGAAUCUGAAAAAAACAAUUUAGAUAAUAAUUGGCGGAAAAACGCUAAGGAUUUUCAAACUUUACAAGAAAAAAUUGAGAUAAUGGAAGCCAAGGCCAAGAACAACGAAAUAGCACUAAAUCAACAAAUCAGUAAUGUAGCAGUUCUAGAAACUAAAAUAAAAGAAAAGGACAUAAUGAUCGGUGAACUGGAAGAUCGAGCCAAAUCCUAUGAAGUGAAAAUAAUGGAAAUGGAAAACCAUGCAUCUCCUAAAGAUCGUGCAAUUGAAGGUUCGAAGGUAUUACCUUCAAAAGUAAAACUUCUUGAAAAAACAAUAAGCGAGAAAGACGCAAUAAUAGCGAAACUAAAAUUUGACCCAAAAAAAGAUUAUACAUUUUAUUAUAAUGGUCGUGUAAAAGAAAAUUUGUCCAACAAAGGUAAAACCAAAAUGAAAUUGUUUGAUUGGGGAUUCGACAAUUUUGUGCUGUCACUUCAGAUUCUUGAAGGUACUGGUACUAAGCAUUGGUUGGUGAUACAAAACCGUUUCAUGGGAAAAUUGAAUAUAAAUCCACUGACCAAUUUUGAAGCGCCCAUCGGUUGUCCCGACUUGGAAUUUUGGAUCGGGUUUGAAAGACUGCAUAUACUAACGACCAUUCGCAGGCACGAAUUAUACAUUGAACUAACUAACUACGAAGAUGAGAAAAAGUACGCGAGGUACGAUAACUUUGUUGUGGAUGGCAAGGAAAGUGGAUACAAAUUGAGUGCCCUAGGUGAAUACGAGGGAAACGCCGGUGAUGCUUUAAGACAUCAUGUAAAUCAGAAAACUCAUUACCAAAUUGGGGAUACUAAUUCUGUAAGUAGAGAGAUGCGGUGGUGGAAAGGUCCUAGAGAAAAGGGAGGAAAUUUAAAUGUCCCAUUGUAUAUAAGAAACACCUCUAUUAAUUGGUAUGGAAAACCAUAUAAGAGGAGUAAAAUGAUGAUAAGAUUGUACGAGGACUGAAUUAAAUAGAAUAUUGAAUUUUACUUUUUAUCAAACACUUUUACUUAAUAUCUACUGAUAAUAUAUUUUAUAUAUAUUUUAUAUAACAAAAUUAUAUAAUUCAACAAUAUUCGUAUCCAUAUAUACCCCCACAUGUAGAAUUUCCAACAACAAAUAUAUUCGACAUUAUUUCUGCAA